AUGACUUCUGUUGUCUUCUGUAUUUUCCACAACAAAGAUACAAGUCCCUCCAUCGUCUGCCAAAGUAGCAGACGGAUCCCGGCUGAUCUUGCAAUGGCUGGCGUGACCGUGGCAAAAAAAGUGAAGGAUGCCAGAGAUCGUAAGAAAGAUGCAGAAAGAGGUGAGCGAGAAAAACGCUUGGAUGACCUCUUCACCGAGUUAGAUACGAAUGGCGAUGAGUGCCUUGAGGCUUCCGAGGUCAAGAUCCUGCUUCAAAGCUUGGCUGAUGGUCAAGAGCCCUCUGAAGAAGAGCUGACCUUCAUCAUGAGAACCAUUGGCUGCAAGAAAAACCAGCACAUCAACCGUGCUCAGUUGUCUCAGGCCAUUGAAAGCUGGUCUUUAUACCUCAAAGAGUUUGGAACAGAGGGCAGUGCUGGGAAGGUUCUCUUUGAAAAGCACGACACGUCGAAGACUGGAAAGCUCAACCAGGAGGAGCUUCGAUCGUUGCUGAUGGAACUGGCAGGCUCAGAAGUGGAACAAACUGAUGUGGAUUGGAUCAUGGCAAAGGCCGAUGUCCUUGGUGAUGGCAUGAUUGCCAAAAUUGAGCUCAGCCAGGCUAUAACACUGUGGCUACAGAAGUUGGCUGAUGAUGCUGACGCAGAAGCUUCCAGAACGACAACCUCAUCGGGCUCAAGAACGUGCACGCUUUUGUGA